AUGACCACUGAGAUCUACGACACUUAUUCCGGUGGUGACGAUCCAGACGACGAGCCGUGUGACGUGACCCUGAACCCACGGAUGAUCCUGGCCCAGACCUACAUCCACUCCCUCAUCUGCGUCCUGGGCCUCGUCGGAAACUCCCUCGUCAUCAUCACCUACGUCUGCUACAAACGAACCAAAACCAUGACGGACGUGUACCUCCUGAACGUGGCGGUGGCCGACCUGCUCUUCGUCUUAGCCUUGCCUUUUAUCGUGUACAACGAGCUGAACGGUUGGUGGAUGGGCUCUGCUGCUUGUAAAUUCCUUCGUUUCGCGUACAGCAUCAACUUGUACAGCGGCAUGCUACUGUUAGCUUGCAUUAGCGGGGACCGGUACGUGGCCAUUGUCCAGGCCAGGCGAUCUUUUGGCUCCGGCUCGCAAUCUCUCCGCUAUAGUCGCAUCACCUGCUCCGCCGUCUGGGUUUUGGCUUUGGCCUUGACUCUUCCCACCUUAAUCUACACCCAGCGUUUUGAGGAAGACGCCAUUCCAGAUUUGAAUGAGAUCAGUAGCAACACAUCGGUUUCAUACAGCGCUCCGUUGGUGUCAUGUGAGCUUUUGUUUGAUGAAAAUGAAACGGCCAAACUGGUGAAGAUUUUGGUGCCAAGUUUGCAGAUGGCGAUCGGGUUUGUGGUGCCUUUCCUGGUGAUGGCGUUUUGCUACUCCUGUAUUCUCGACACUUUGCUCCGGACGCAGAGCAGCCAACGCCACAAGGCCGUCCGUGUAGUCUUCGCCGUGGUCGUGGUUUUUAUCGUGUGCCAUCUUCCGUACAACGUGGCUCUCCUCCAACACACCCUGUCCCUGUUCAAAGAGAGAAGCUGCAGCAUGGAGAGGGUUAAGGUGGAUGUUUUAGCCGUUUCUCAGAGUCUGGCCUACCUCCACUGCUGCCUCAACCCCUUCCUGUACGCCUUUGUGGGGGUCAAGUUCAGAAGUCAUUUCAGGCAGAUCCUGGUGGAUUUGUGGUGCCUGAGCAAGAAGUACAUCUACAGCUCUCGAUCGCCACGAAACACCUCGGACAACGCCGCCACAGGCUUCACCACAGGCCACAUGUCUGACACUGGCUCCAAAAUGUCCUCCUUCAGCCUUUAA